CUAAAGUUUGCAAAAAGAGCAGAAAACUACACUUUGAAAGACAAAGAAAUGAAAUAUUUGCCAACUUGCAGCUUAUGUAUAAUGUGCAUAACGUAAUGUGCAUAAUUACUUGUAUUACACUCUUAAAAUUGAUUAAUACACUAGUGUUUUUACCGAAGGGCAUAUGUCCGGAAAUACUCACUGCGCAUGUGCACGUCAAUGGCGGAAUCUUCGAAUUGUCAGAAAGUGUUUUGAAGAAAUAGUAGGGCCUAUUUAUCCUUGAUAACAACCAAUCUCAUUGCUGCAGAAUACAAUGGACACUGUCCCAGAGAACAAUGAAAAUGUUUGGAAAAAGAAGUCUAGUAGUAGAAGAUCAUCAAUUUUGAAACUUGACCGUCCUACAUUAGCAGAUCUGGAUGUGAACAAGAAGACAGAGACAAAACUUUCAAGGAGAUCUUCUAAAAGAGUCAGUUUUGCUGAGACCUAUCAAGUAAAAGAAUUUCCAAAGGAUUCUCCUCAGCGAUGGCUCCGAGAUCUUCAGACUGACAUAAGCUCAGGCAACGAGAGCCUAACAGAGGAUAAGAGUUCAGGCAGUGGCCAGACACCUACUGGACAUGAGAUUCUAGGGCUAGAACAGCUCCUCAAUGGCCAGAUACAAAUACAGGGACAGGAAGAAGAUGCUCAAGGCAUUAACAAGACUGUCUUGGAUGGUGCAGACAUGGAGGAGACCAUGUGUGCCAACACAACCAUCGCACAGAACACCACCCUGUCCAACCCAAAGUAUGACGAGGAUUCAGACGUCGAGGAUAAGAAAGUGGACACUCUUUCCUUCCUCACCAAACUGAUGAAGGCCCCCAAGAGUUGUGAUAAUGAGCCACUUAUCAAGGCCCUGGAAGACUCCGAUGAUGAGGAGUACAAAGCUAGCAGCUUCUUCAGAGGCGGCAAAGGAGGCUUCUUCAGCAACAACGUCGACUCUGAUGACGAGGAGGAACCAGUGGGCAAGAUCGACAACAAGGCUUUCCUCUCUAAACUGAAAAGUAUCACAACAAUGUCCAAGCAGUUUGCACACGAAGAGGAGAAGAGAAAGGAGAAAGAGAAUCGGACAGUUAUUUUUGAUGGUUUGGAUGAUGAUAUGGAAGUGACGGCUAACUUCACAGGCAUGUUGCAGAGCAUCAAGAAGCGGCAGAGCACGGGGAAUGUGCUGGAGUCAACACGUAUAUUUGCAGAGAAUGACGAUGGCAUGGAAAUGACAACAAAUUUAACCUCGAACCUGGAAGUGGUGAAAAGCAAUUUGCCAAUAUCGGAAUUAAACGCAAUCAAAGGUCAAGUCAGUCAGAUAAGUCAGUCCAAACUUGGAGCAGGCACCUCGAUGGGGAGGAGCACUAAUCAUGGUCUUGAGGAGACGAAGGUGUUCACGGAUUAUGAAGAUCCAACCACACACAUGGAUUUCACAGUUGCAGGAGGGGUGAUACUGAGCGGCACCCACAGUGCAGCUGCCGGGACAGAGGGAGCUGGCCCCCAGGAGGGAGGGGACAGAACUGCCAGUAGUGUGCAGGGCACUGCCACACCCAAACAUGCAAUUGUAGCCGCAGGGAAGGCUUCCUCUCCGUCUGAAGUUACCAUACGCUUCGGGCAUCAGGAGAUAGAUGCCGACAUGGAGAUGACUGAAGCAUUAGACCCAAAACUCAUCAUCAGCAGCAAUGGCGGGGGAACCACCAUUGUGAAAAAGGCACCAGAUCUUUUAUCCAGAUCUCAUAAGAGAGCUCUGACGGAUGUCACAGCUGAUUUUGGGGCCGAUGGACUCAAGACUCGGAGGGAUGAGGGGAGGCGAAGAAUACCAAGUAUCUCUCCCGUGGACAUGGAGAAAGAAAACAUCACUGUGCAUUUCAAGACAGCAGACACGCAGGGGGACAUGGACUUCACCUCAUGUUUGACCACACAGGUGGAGCGGCAGGACAAAGAGGGGGUGGUAUCUCAGGAACACCCCACCACCAGUGUCUGUCUUGAGAAGACCCAGAUUUUUGGGGCCGCAGGCGAUGUUGGCAAUAUGGAGUUUACAGCUUGCCUUGAAACUAUUGAAACAGCAAAUAAUGUGAGACAGAAUGUUACCACUCAUAUUGAUGACACUGUAUCGUUUAAGCAGAAAGUACCUCUGCCUGAUGGAACAGGGAAGGCUGAAGGUAGGGUGGCUGUCUCGAGUUCCACCUGUCAAGAUGUGACGAGAGUUUUUGGUAAGGAAGACAUGACCGCAGCCAUGGAGUUGACAGGAUGCCAUGGAGUGCUGAGUGUCAAGCAACAGAACCCUGAUAUUACAUGUUCAGAGAAGACCAGGGUUUUCAACACCGAAGAUGUGACUGCAGCCAUGGAGUUGACAGGAUGCCAUGGAGUGCUGAGUGUCAAGCAACAGCAACAGCCUGACAUUACAUGUUCCGAGAAGACCAGGGUUUUCAACACCGAAGAUGUGACUGCAGCCAUGGAGUUGACAGGAUGCCAUGGAGUGCUGAGUGUCAAGCAACAGAACCCUGAUAUUACAUGUUCCGAGAAGACCAGGGUUUUCAACACCGAAGAUGUGACCGCAGCCAUGGAGUUGACAGGAUGCCAUGGAGUGCUGAGUGUCAAGCAACAGAACCCUGAUAUUACAUGUUCCGAGAAGACCAGGGUUUUCAACACUGAAGAUGUGACCGCAGCCAUGGAGUUGACUGAGUGUGUCAGUGCUAAGGUAAAGAGGGAAUCGUCAGAAGGUAAAACCGAUGAUAAGACUAUUCACUUUGAGCGACGAGGAGGAUCUAUGGAACUUACAUCAUGCCAGCCAGGAGUAAUGUCGGCAACCCAGGGUGAUGUUCAGUCUGACACAACCAGAAUGUUUGGUGCCACGGAUGUGACAGCAGCCAUGGAGAUGACAGAGUGUGUCAGUGCAGUCUCCACAGCAACAGCAGCAGCAACAGAUCAAGAUGAUGUUCAAGAAUCUAAGGAUAAAGAUAGUACCAAGGCGGAAGUGACUGAAGAUGGCAGGGAGGCUAGGAGAGGUGAGAGUGGCCGUUCUUUGCCAGGAGAAUCGAUGCCAGCUGACAAGAGCCUGCAGCAGAGGAGGAGUCAGUACAGUGGGAUGGUGAACGCAGCUCCUCCUCAGGUGGAUGGUUUUAGCACACAGAGCCUCAAGCGCAAGCUCUACAGCUUCGACAUGAUGAUGGCUGGAGCGAAGGCCAAGACGGUGAAAGUAGCCAAGUUAAAUAAGGAAGAAAAUUGUGGUGACAAGGCUACAGAAAUAUGUUCAGACAAUAACACAAAGGUUGGACAAAGUCAUGAAAGAGAGCCUCAGAUCCCAUCUACAGACUCAGCACCGUCUUCCACCAAGACAGGAGACAUGUCAGGAAAGGAUAUGCCUAAACCAUCUCCUGUUGGCGCCACAGUGGACCAGGCUGACCUGACUCACACAGCUACUGACAUCCUGAAGCUGGGUGUUCCCGAGGGUGAGUUGAGUGCCCUGGAGAUGCUGAAGAUGGCUGCCCUGGAGGAGGACACAGACAUGCUGGAUGACACCAAGCUGCUGGAGCUCCACAUGAUGGCCAAGAACACUAAACACAAGCCGAAUACUGACUCACUCUCGCAGAAGUUUCAGGCUGAUGAUGGUCAUGUCAGAGCUGAGAAAACAAUCCUGGAAGAAGAAGAAGAAGAUACUAAAUCUCAGACCAUCGACUCGGAGGAACCACCUGCCUUACUUCUUGAUGAAGACAUGAACCUCACACUACAUAAUACAACCACAGGACUGGCGUUGAUCCUGGACAAGAUGAACAAGUCAAGGGGUUUGACACAAGGGACAUCUCCUGUCUCGGGCAAAACUCCAGCAAAAGGGAGGACGACAGUUGCCGUGGGCAAACAUGGCAGUCCCGAGCCGAUCUCCUCUGCUGACAAAAAGAGACCUAAACUUGAAGUGGCGGACCCUACUGAGGUGACACAAGUUGAUUCACAACCUGCAGAUAUUCUUCCGAUUGGUGACAAUGACACAGUUACCUCCCUUGAUUCUGCCAAUUCGGAGAGCAGUGAGGAGCACACUAGGGGGCACCACUCACAGUCUGCCAUAUCUCUGUCCCAGUCGCUGCUGUCAUUCAGUUUGCUGGACAAGAAGUAUGAUGAGAAUGAUGGUCCCUGGGACUUCGGAACAUUCUGUGAGAGGACUGGAAUAUCUCAGUUCAAGCCCAAGUGCAACAGAAGAAGUAGCAUCAAUAUAUUACCGGCGCUAGAAGCAGACAGUUUGCAGGAGGUGCUCCGUCUCCAGACACUGACGGCCACCGAGACACAGGUGAAGGACGACAUGUACGAGAGACUCCAACAGCAGAUAGAAAGGGAUGAAGAAGAGGUGGAAGGACAGCAGCACAUUGUGUCAGAGAAGGAACCGAUGCUCUUCAGUCAGCUGAGAAACUCACAGAUUACAAAGGAAGAGGUCCACUCCUGCUACAAGGCGUGUCAGCGCUGGGCUAAGGCCAAGAUGAAGAGGGAGCGUGUUGCCAUCUCUAAACAGUGUCUGCACAACCUCAAGGACGAGAAGGAGAGACUUUGUAUUGGGGUGAAUGAGGUGGUGACGCAGGCAGAAAGAGUCAUCUCCGACCUAGCAUCUAUAGACAACUUGCUGGCUGACAUUGACAGUCAGCUGGAAGACCUGGGUGAGGAGCCUGCUGUGACAGAGACGGAGGCUGAGGAAGUGGCCCGCCUCAAGGAGCACCUGCUCAUCCAGACUCAAGAGUUGAGGAAGAGUGAAGAGGAGAAGGCGCUAGCAUUAAGGCAGCACAGUGAGUUGAGACAGAGGCAGUCGGACCUGGAGGCGGAAGGCCAGAGACAGGAGCUACAGAUGCUGGAGGGCACACACACUGCCGCCGCUGAUGGAGUGGACGAGUUGGACAGGCUACAGCACAGGCUUGGGGCACUCCACAGGGUGCUGGAGUGGAGGGUAAAGGAGCGGAGUCCUGCCCGAGAUGUAUUCCUGUUCCUGUACGGCGGAGUGGAGAUGUCUGUCACGUACGACGUGGUGCAACACAAGACAGUAGACUCUGUGGUCCUCACAACGCAUCUAGCAGAUUCCUCUUCACCGUGGUCGCACCUAGCCGGUCGUCUGAUUGUGGACGGUGUGGACUGUGCAAGACUGAGGGACAGCUACUCCAGCAGGGAUAAGCUACCACAGAUGCUGAAUGAGAUCUCUAGGUUGACAGCAGGGGCUCGAAAUCUCGCAACCCAGAUCAGUGAUGCUGACCUCAGGCACAAAGUGGCCAUUAAUGAUUACUGUGUGAGUGUCUCGUUCCUGAACACACGGCGGGUACGGAAGGUGGUGAUCACCUUCCUGUUGGAGCCUAGCACCUCCUCCUGUAAACCAGUGGACUGUUCUGUGGAUGUUGUCAUAGGAACGAUAACAAAAGAGACGAUUGCAGAUGUGAUAAAAGAGACGAUAGGCGGACCAGAGUUCCUCACGAAGAGCAUUAGCCGAGUGCAGACAUUACUGGACAGCUGAACACACCUUGUACACGUGUUGUUACCCAUGAUUGUGCUCAGGCUAGGGACUUGUAGGGGCCUUAGCAAUAUGGAAUAAUCUUCUAAGAUUAUGUUAACUUAUAUGUCAUUGCUGUGAAUAGAAUUUAAUGUAGAUAAUUUUAUUUCUCAAAACAUGUAAACUAGAAAACAUGAUUUACGUAAUGAAACAUGAUUAUUAUUUUGACAAAAAAUGUAAAUUUAUAAAGUGUCAACGUAUUUAGGUCAUGAUAUAUUCACAAUUUUAAUUAGGGCUGUAAUGAUAUACUGCUGUUUUAGUUUACCAUUAUACAAGUAUCAUGAGGUCAUGUAUCAAUACAAUACAUGUACAACACAACAACACAAUACAAUACAAUACAUUUAUAUACUGUUAUGAGGUGAUUCCCAAAUUGAAAUGCAAAGGUGUAAUCCAGGAAUAGGUUCGUACAGAAUUAAAUUGUGAGGUCAGUAAAUGACCACAUAAGAUCAAUGAAUAAUCAAUAAAUUAGUUUUAAAUACAGUUUUAGGAUACAAUCAAAAAGGCAUGACAAUGGGUCAAAUAAGUGCCAGGUGCAAUAAGUAACAGACCCUAGAAAUUAUUAGUGCAGAAUGUCCAGAAUAGUGUCACUGUGGAAUGUCUUGAAACAGGCCGGGCUCAGGUCUUGAAUCCAGAAUAGUGUUGGAAGCUGGCAGGAAUUCAGUGUUUCCAGAUCACCUUGGCAAGGAAGUCAGAAACAAGUUCAAAUCUCCCUCUUGGCACUCUUAUGUAUGUCUUUUGGAAACGGUAUACCAUAUAUACACAUACAGUAUGUCCAAGUGUUCUCAAGCCACUUUAAUUAAUUCAAAUGUACAAAGCAUGUUUUGGUUGGGCCUCCACUGAUUUUAGAUGGUGAUGGUGAUGGUAUACUGCACCAUGGUAACAGGACAAGUGCAGAGUGUUUAUGGAUCAUUGCAUCCUUACCAUUAAGAUAUAUAUUGUAUCUAGACAGUGUAUCAUUACAGCCCUAAUUUGAUGACUUUGGACAUGAUCAAAGAGGAUUUAUCUGUCAAUGAACAGGUGUAUCUUAAUGAAGGGCAUCAGAUGUCUAAGACUAGAAAUUAAUUGUUGUAUUUAUUAUGCCUUACUAAAAUAUCACAUGCAAAUAACAGGCAAUCCACAUGUGUACAGAAUGUCCCAGCUGUUAGUGCUUGUAUACCCAUGCCAGGAAUAAAUUCACUGUCAUUCA